CGGUAGGUACAAUGUCCGAUGUGGCGCAUAAUAUACGCAAGUUUUUUGAAAUUCCCGCUUCUUAAUUUAUCGCAGUUGUAUUCUUUGUAAAUAAUGUAUUAAUCUGUAUAUUAUUUAUCGGAAUCAAGUAAUUUAGAUGUCAUAAAUUAAUUACAACUAAAUAACGUAGUGCUUGUAUACUCUACAAAGACAAUUCGAGCCAACGACCGAUCUGUGCUAAAGUAUUGUGAAAGUUAAAUAUUGCAAUGACAAAGUGAAUUAUCGUGUAUUUCAUUCGUCAUAGCACUAUGUCGAAGGCAUAAGCGCGCGUGCCAGCUGCUUUUUAUCUUUUGUUUACGUACUUCAAGACACGGUCGAGAUCAAUAACAGAAAAGUAUUCGUGUAAAUUAUUUCCCUUUUGUGAUAACAAUGAAUUUCUUAAUUUUAUUGUUGAGUAGCGCGAUAUCUAUAGUGUGUGGACAAGAUCGAGUGAUAACAGCGAAAUUAAAUCCGGGAUGCGCCGAAUGUACGUCAGCAAACACUUUAGUUUAUAUAAAGGCUGACAGCUCCAAGGACAGCAUCCACCAGCUAUGGGACUUCACAGGUGGGAUCCCUACUGUGGUGUUUGCACUAACCGAACUGAACUCGACGAUGCAAGUGAAAUGGGACAGACAAGUGCCGGUGAAGUUUUUGUUGUCCGAAACACCAAAGUAUUGCUUCGCUAUUGCCAUAGACAAGCUCUACGAAUACAAUGAUGUGGAGGAUAAGGGCCACAUCAGCCCGCAGUGCGAACAGAGGCCGAUGUCUCUCAAGUAUAUGUCGUGGACCCUGGUCGACAGCGUGCUCUCCGACAAGGAGGUGAUGGUUCGAGUCCACGGUCAAUAUAAGCACAGCUGGCGAGCUGGCGUCGUGGAUGUCAAGUUGGAUCUCAUCCCGUUCUACGACUACGCGGCCGAACUGCCCCGUCUCAUACACACAGCAAACUCGACCCUCGUGGACGUUGGCCUCGUCAACAUCACUACUUCGAAGGACUACAACUCGUCCCGUUUCGCCCUGCACAUGCUGUUGGUCAGCACCGACGGAUGGGGGGAGACCAUGCACUACACCAUGAGGAAGAGUCUCGACGACGAGCACACUCCAGGAGUUUUUGAGAUCAUCGAGAUAAAGACGCCAGAGUCGUACGUGAAGGACGACGGCGGCUACAUCCAGUUCCGGCCCGUGGGCUACACCGAACCGAAGCGCGAGGUCUCCUCGUCCACCUCCGUCCGAGUCUCCCCGCUCAAGAAGAGCGCCGUGCCGGAGCGCAGCACGCUGGAGCGUUUCUUCCGCGACUUCGAGACGGAAUCUCUCCUGGUGCAAGACGUGUUCGUGUCGAUCGGCCUCACCGGGGACCAGUUCUACAGACAACACAACUUUACCUCCUGGUCGUUCACGAUGGGCUACGGCAGCCCGCCCCUAGAAACAUUCUCGCUGUUCGUGAUAAUGAUCAUAUCCAUCGGCCUCGGGGUGCCCUUGUUGCUGGCGCUCUCUGGGGUCGUCUACGUGGUGAUCUCCAGGAUCAGACAGAGGAACUCCAACCAGCCGACCAGAUUCACGGACGAGGAAUGAACAGUGCGCGCGGAACUAGUUGGCCACGCCUUAGGUGGCGACAGAGGUGAGGGGGCGGGUCGCCUACUGCUCGUGACGCACAUGAGAUUAGACAGUGAUGACUAAAUAAAUAAAUGAAUAAAUGGAAUAAUAAAUAAACAAUUGAACUUUUAGAAGUUUAUAUUGUACCUAUCUAAUUAUAUUGUAAUUAACAGUAAAAUAAAUCAAAAACAAAUUAAGUGUAUGAAAUUUAUAAUCAUAUUUUAAUGAUAUAUGAAAUUAUUUACUUAAUAUAUACUUAUAUGAAAUUACUCUUGACAUAUUCUCUGAAUCACUUGAUUCAAAAUCGUCUUGUGAGUUUAUAAUGAUUUCGUCCGUCAUAGUAUCAAAUCUCAUAUCAGUAAUGACAGCAAGCGCCCCCGCCUCUCCGUCCCACCCCUCACAUACCUGAGGCGCGUCAACUAGUUCCGCGCGCAUAAGUCGAGUUAUAUAAUGGACGCGCAAUGAAUGCGUACAAAACUGGAAUGUCAUCAUCUGUCCACAAACAUACCUUAACACCCAGUCUUGAGCUAAACAGAAAAAUCAUUUGUUUUAUUUACAGAAGAACCGUUCUAGCAUCAAUUAAUCAACCACAGAGACAUGUAUUAGACAAAGAAAAAUGAAAAA